UUUAUUCUCGUUUUUUCAACAUUUCCAUAUAAUGUCAAAUUCAUUUACCGUUCUGAUUUGUUAUUUUAACUUGCAUCUUCAAAAACCCGUGUCCUGUGGAAAGAAAUAAGCGAUCAGUUUCUAGAACUGUGUUACGGUGUUGAAUACGGACUAAAGUACAGCAUUUGGAAUUAUAGCGUGCAAGAUAUUCUAUGAUUUAUGUUUCUAAACAUAAUAUCAAUUGACUAUUUCUUGUGUCUAUACUGGCCCCUGCUGUUGGAAUUACGCAUUGUAUGUUACAAAACGUUUGCAGCCACUCACGUGUCCGUCUGUUAUGCAAACGUCGCUUUCCUUGUUGAUACUGAAUAAUACUUCAAGCCUGACAUCACUGUGCUGGACGUGUUUCCGUGGGAAACAUGAAGAGCAAACCGAGCAAGUCCAGUGGAGCUGAUUCAAAGGCGAGAGCGAAGAACCCACCCGGAGAAAAGUCGGCUCCCACUCUUGCUAAAAAACUACGAAACAAGAAAAGCGAAGCGUCGAAACUAAGUUUGCUUCAGCGCUCAGUGGGAGUCCAGAGGAGUGGACAUGGGAGCAUCCUCCACUUCAUUUACAAGAGCACUUUAGGACAAAGUCUCCACUCUCAAAUGAGACAGUGUCUGCAGGAGCCUUUCGUCCGCUCUUUAUCGUCGUACCACUUCAAUGGAUCUGUUAGCCCCUUCGACCGCAGAAUCACCUGCCUGGAGUGGCAUCCCACCAACCCGACCACCCUGGCCGUUGCCUCAAAGGGCGGAGAUAUUUAUCUGUGGGACUACGACUCACCGUCAAAGAAAACCUUCAUUCAAGGGAACGGAGCUGGAGACUUCAUUGGAGGGAUGAAGUUUUGCCCCACGGACUUCUCCAGACUCUAUGUUGCUUCCGGAGAGGGCACUUUGACCAUGCAGAGCCUUGAGGGUGGUCCGCACUCUAUUGUGUCCCGAACAAUAGAUUGUAACCAUGAGCAUCACAAUGUUUGUUUCUGGUAUUGCUGCGUGGACGUGUCUGUCAGCCGGCAGAUGCUGGUGACAGGAGACAACAUGGGGGAGCUCUCGCUUCUUGGUUUGGAUGGACGGAAGAUCUUCAGUGGCAAGUUGCAUAAAGCCAAAGUGACUCACGCAGAGUUUAACACCCGCUGUGAUUGGUUGCUGGCGACUGCUUCGGUCGAUCACACGGUGAAACUUUGGGACCUCAGGAAUCUCAAAGACAAGACGAGUUCCCUCCAUCUCCUGCCUCACGACAAAGCAGUCAACUCAGCCUAUUUUAACCCGUCAGACUGCUCCAAACUCCUCACCACUGACCAGUAUGACCAGAUCCGGGUGUAUUCAUCGUCCGACUGGUCGAAGCCGCAGCACAUCAUCCAGCAUCCGCACAGACAGUUUCAGCACCUCACUCCGAUCAAGGCCACAUGGCAUCCCACGUAUGACCUGAUUGUGGCGGGCUGUUACCCCGACGACCGGGUCUUCUGCGGCGAUCAGAGGACCAUCGACAUUUUUGACUCCAACACAGCCGAGCUUGUGUGUCAGCUGCAAGAUCCCAACGCCCCCGGAAUCAAGUCUAUAAACAAGUUCAACCCUCUGGGAGAUGCUAUCGGCUCGGGCAUGGGUGUAACAGCCUUGGUUUGGAGCCGAACGUCGCUGCUGGUGGAAGGUGAAUCCACGCAGAAGGGGGAAACUUCUUUCUCAGGUCAGGGUGCACGAGGUCAGGGGAGGGGUCAGCAGGCGGCCAGACGGGGCAGAAAAGGACCAACCGACACAAAGCUGAAGAAGAAACUGGCUUCGCUGGAGGAGUCUGUCAAGGUCAAGACCAAGGGCACCAAGCGCAUCUCAAAAAAAUGACUGCUCUGAACAUUUUCUCAUGACUGUACGCACCACAUUCACUGUCUCCGUUCUAAGAGUUUUUGGAUAA